GCGCGGGUGAUUGGCUUGGCUGGACCUGAAUGAUGCGGCUGUGAUUGCUGAAUUGUCUGGGCAGGUUUGGAGUCUCUGGCGAGCUCCCCUGACUGUGCAUCCCUCUGGAGACAAAGAGGAGGGGGAGGCCUGUCCUCUCUGGGAUCCAGUGAUCACAUCCCCCUGAGGAGUCCCGAAUGCCUACUUCCAGCGUCGUCAACAUGGAGUUCUGAAGUCCAUGUGGCUCUUCACAGUGAAUCAGGUGACACGUCUCCAAGAGAAUUUGCAUCUCUAUUACUACUUGAUUAAAUGUGAGAGCUGGAAGGAAGUUUUGGUUUGACCACUCCACCCCACCCAUGUAACACAUGGGGAAUCUGAAGCCACAGACAGGUUGCCGAUUUGUCUAGGGUCACAGCAAGUUAGCGGCAGCAUCAACCCAGAAUCCAUGUCUCCUGUCAGUCCGCUGCCCACUUCACUUCAUCCAGCACCUCUUGGCUGCACAGUUUACUGCGUUAUCCUCUCACUUGAGGACUUCCUCCACCUCUGAGUCUCAUCGUCCUCCUCUGUGAAAUGGGGUGAUAGCUUUUCUCAUGGGAUAGAAUGUCACAUUGAGGAUGGAAUGGCAUGAAAGAUUGAAACACACUUUGGAAAAUGCCAGAGAGCACUAGGGGUCUAAGAUACGACUAGUGCAGGUGUUAAGGAAGAUGCAGAGACGCCACAGCAGCAACACGGAUAACAUUCCACCUGAAAGAAACCGCAGCCAGGCGCUCAGCUCCGAGGCGAGUGUGGAUGAAGGUGGCGUCUUUGAGAGUCUGAAGGCAGAGGCGGCCUCCCCACCAGCGCUCUUCCCGGGCUUAUCAGGCAGCCUCCCCACCAGCUCAUUCCCCUCCAGCCUGGUGCUGGGCUCCUCGGCUGGCGGCGGAGACGUGUUCAUCCAGAUGCCCACGUCCAGGGAGGAAGGAGGGGGCCGGGGCGAGGGGGGCGCCUAUCACCACCGCCAGCCCCACCACCACUUCCACCAUGGCGGCCACCGCGGGGGCUCCCUGCUGCAGCACGUGGGUGGGGACCACCGGGGGCACUCGGAGGAGGGAGGCGACGAGCAGCCUGGGACGCCCGCCCCCGCCCUGUCUGAGCUGAAGGCUGUGAUCUGCUGGCUCCAGAAAGGACUCCCCUUCAUCCUGAUCCUCCUGGCCAAACUGUGCUUCCAGCAUAAGCUCGGCAUCGCUGUAUGCAUCGGGAUGGCCAGCACCUUCGCCUAUGCCAACUCUACGCUCCGAGAACAGGUCUCUCUGAAGGAGAAGAGGUCAGUGCUGGUCAUCUUGUGGAUCCUGGCCUUUCUGGCGGGGAACACCCUCUAUGUGCUUUAUACAUUCAGCUCCCAGCAGCUGUACAACAGCCUCAUAUUCUUGAAGCCCAACCUGGAGACGCUGGACUUCUUUGACCUGCUUUGGAUCGUGGGCAUCGCAGACUUUGUUCUGAAGUACAUCACCAUUGCCCUCAAGUGCCUCAUCGUGGCCCUGCCCAAGAUCAUCCUGGCCGUCAAGUCCAAGGGAAAGUUCUAUCUGGUCAUCGAGGAGCUGAGCCAGCUGUUCCGAUCCCUUGUCCCCAUCCAGCUGUGGUACAAAUACAUCAUGGGUGACGACUCCUCCAACAGCUACUUCCUGGGAGGGGUCCUGAUCGUUCUCUACAGCCUCUGCAAGUCCUUCGACAUCUGUGGACGUGUGGGAGGAGUUAGGAAAGCCCUGAAGCUUCUCUGCACCUCUCAGAACUAUGGAGUCCGAGCCACCGGGCAGCAGUGCACAGAAGCCGGUGACAUCUGUGCCAUCUGUCAGGCCGAGUUCCGAGAGCCUCUGAUUCUCCUGUGCCAGGUGCCGGGUGGUGACCUGCAAAUCCAGCCUUGGAGAAUGACCAUCCGAAUCUGCAGCCUGACACCUCACCACUUCGGCUUUGAAAAUGGCAGUGUGUGGUAUCCUGCACAGAGGAAGAAUACCUGCUUAUGUUGGAUUUUUCAAAAAUGAAAGCAAAAAAUAAUCACUGCUCCCUGAAGAGUCUUUGCAGCCAAGUCUCCGUCCAGCACACAUCUUUUUUUAGCCCUUCUAGAAACUUCUAAAAAUAGUAGCUUAUCCUUGGGGAGAAAAAAAUCAGACCUCUGUCAAUCAGUGAGAUGCUGGUGCAUUUCAUUUAAAUGGCCUGCUCCCUCCCCCAACAUCCCCUGGUUAUAAAUCAUCUUUGACCAGAAUGUAGCCAUUUCUUGGCUCUUUAAUCCAUAAAACCUAAACCCUGAAAUCCCCUUGGGGAGUGGAGGAGGCUGUGGGCUGAACUCCGAGGACACUUUUGUGGGGGUGGGGGAAGAUAGCAACCAAGUCAUGCAUGAGGUCAGCUUUCUGCCUCAUAACCGGCAAGCCUCUCAAUGCCAUCCUCCCUCCUUGACCCCAAGGUUUGCUCCAAACCACCUCUGGAUAUUCGUCCUCACGUAGAAAAAGAGAAGAGACUCUCAAGUGGCACUUUUGCAACUUGUCCCUUAAAAAAAAAAAAAAAGAAUCUGAAACAGCAAAAUAGAAAUCUCUCUUGUCCCCUGGCCUUUCAAGUCUGUCAACAGAAUACCACAGCAGCACCAGCAGGAACGCACUUAGCACCAGCAAAAUUUUAAGUGAAGCACCAGAGACACAAAAACCCCAUUUCUCCUGACGUGACAGUGGGAUCUAGCGAUCGACCUAGGUAAGUAUAGAGGGAGAGGCUAGGACGAGUCAAGAAAUGGAGGCAUCCCAGACUGCCCCUACACAAUUGGCCCCAAGUCCUCACUUUUUUUUUUCUAUCAUGCCUUUUGCACUGUUACCUCUUAUUCCACCAGCAUCUAUCCCCAGGCAGUUGGCCGAUGCUGGGGCUAAUUCCCACCAGUCUUUGCAAAUAGUUUCUAAGUACACAGCAGGCAUCUCUCUUCUGGCGCCCCAGACAUUACAGAAUAUCAAAGUUCACAUCGCAAGGUGCAGAAAAGGAAGGCAACCACGUCCUCAACAAGGCAUGCACUGAUACGUAAUAUUCAUAUUUUCUUUUUUUUAUAUAUAUAGAGCUGUAUGUAAAUAGCAUUGGGGUGUCUGUUUCUGCAGCUGGAUUUCCAAAGGGCUUCCCCAGUCCCAUUCUGUGUUUCUACGAUCGCUCCAGGUGCUGUCUUUACUCUCCACUUCCUUCUCGAAGUGCCAACCGUGGCCUUUCAAGCUCUGGGCUCCCCCUCUGGAAAACGGGAACCAGCUUUCUCCAAGGACACAGGGUUUU